GCCGUUGACGUUCGUUUUCAAGUCUUAUGUCAAACAAAUUAAUAUAAAAUUGUGAAAUUGGUGUAGAUUAGUGUUUAGUGUUUAUUUAUACAUUGUAGUUGUUUAUAAGAUUUUACAAGUAAUGUCUCUACAGUGAUCAAAACCCCUCUAAAUUAGAAAAAUGAUUGUGCAAGAGCCAGUGCAGGCUGCCAUUUGGCAUUGCUUGAACCAUUAUGAUUAUACAGAUGCUGUUUUUCUCUCUGAACGUCUCUAUGCUGAAGUUAAAAGCGACGAAAGUUUGUUCUUGCUUGCUACCGCUUACUUUAGAAGUGGACAAAAGGACCAUGCCUAUCACACACUAAAAGACAGGACAGGGACUUCGGCUCAAUGUAGAUAUUUAUUUGGAAUCUGUGCUUAUGAGCUUGAAAAAUAUGCAGAAGCUGAAGCAGUGUUGUUGGAAAACAACCAGCCGGGCAACAACUUGGAUGACAUAACAGAAGAGUUUGGAGAUCAAGCAUCAUUCGCCUUAGCAUUACUUGGGAAAAUCGCUGCUAAAACUGAACGCAAGACCAGAGCCAUCGACGCAUGGAAAAGGGCACUCAAACUCAACCCCUUCCUCUGGUCAAGCUUCGAGAGCCUCUGUAAAAUCGGCGACAAGCCGAAUCCCCAGAAUAUCUUCCAAAUAAACAACAUGGAAAACCUUUCAAUGUGCCAUGGAAGCAGCAUAAAUAAUAUCGAGAGUGUUAUAAUAACAAACGGUACCCCCAGUCAGGAUAAUCAGGAGGCGUAUAUAACUACCCCCCAGCAGAUUUUGACGAAUUUCAAUCCAAACAUGAAUACUAACACGAAACAGUUGUGUACGCCCGAAGAAAGCCCUUUAGCGUUUCCACUUUGCAUGUCUGGUAUUAGACCCUUCCCGGCCUCGCGGUAUAAGGUGAUGAAAGUUAGACUGGAGUCUUGCAGCAGUAGCCCCCAACCGACAUUCGGCCAACUCUUCGACAGCCCUACGGAUUUCAUGGGCACUCCCAACCUGCUGUCCCAGCCGACGCUCACCGAAUCAAACAAUCACCACCAGUCGCUGGCCAAGAGGAUGCGAGCCCAGGUCGACCAGUUCAUCAGCCGGAAGGAGUCCAUAUUCCAGAAUUGCAAGCCCGUGUUCAGCCAGUCCACCAACGUUCCCGUAAGUAAAACGCCUACGAUCCCCCUCGCCAUACAGCCGUGUCAGAACGUCCGGCGCAGCUCGAGACUGUUCAGCAACAGUUACUCCGUGAAGGAGAACAACAAGUCCCCGAAUAGGAACAAGUUCGCCUCGCCCAAAUCCCCAUCGCGGAAAACCAAACAGAGGAUAUCCAAGUGCAAUCUGAACAAGAAUUCCAGUUACACGGACCUGAAUACGAGGAAUAAGAUGGAGAAGGAGAAGAGCGAGACGAUCACGUCGGCGGAGACCAAGACCGAGAAAAGUGCAAUAUCCAACGGCUCGGCGGAGAGCUGUAUCCAGCAGGCGGUGCAGAUGCAGAAGCAGAGCGCCGAGGGACUCAUGUGUCUGCUGCGCGACAUAGGCCAGGCUUACAUAAACUUGGCGCAAUUUAAUUGCGUCUCGGCCAUCGAACACCUUAACGCCCUGCCCCCGAAUCAGUUCGGCACUUCUUGGAUUUACUGUUUGUUGGGUCUGGCCUACUUCGAGCAGGCCGAUUACGAGAUGAGCGUCAAAUAUUUCAGCGAGGUGCACGACAAGGAGCCCUACCGCCUGGAGUACAUGGACGUUUACUCGACGGCUCUGUGGCAUUUGCAGAGGGAGGUGGCCCUGUCGGCCCUAGCUCAGGAUAUGGUCAAUUCCAACAAGAACUCGCCGAUAACGUGGUGCGUCAGCGGAAACUGUUUUUCGCUGCACAAGGAGCACGACACUGCCAUAAAAUUUUUCCAAAGAGCUGUUCAGGUGGAUGCCAACUUCCCCUACGCCUACACCCUGUUGGGCCACGAGUACAUCACGACCGAGGAGCUGGACAAGGCGAUGAGUUGCUUCAGGAACGCCAUCAGGCUAGAUCCGAGACAUUACAACGCCUGGUUCGGCAUCGGGACCAUCUAUUCCAAGCAGGAACGGUACCACUUGGCCGAGAUGAACUACACCAAAGCCCUGUCGAUAAACUCGAAGAGUUCCGUCAUCUUGUGCCACAUCGGGGUCGUCCAACACGCCCUCAAAGACACCGAAAAGGCGUUGUCUACGUUCAACAGCGCCAUCUCCAACAACCCCAAGAGUCCCUUAUGUAAAUUCCACCGGGGCUCCAUAUAUUUCGCCCUCGGUAGACACGCGGAGGCCCUGAAGGAACUGGAAGAGUUGAAGGAGAUCGUUCCCAAGGAAUCUUUGGUUUACUAUCUCAUUGGUAAGGUCCACAAGAAGCUGGGCAAUACGGACCUGGCGUUGAUGCACUUUAGUUGGGCGACCGACUUGGACCCCAAGGGCGCGAGCAGUCAGAUCAAGGAGGCGUUCGAUCCGUCGAUCGGACGCAGCACGACGGAUAUCGAUUCCCCGGUAUCGCCGGUUCCCGAGGAGUAUCCGUCGGAGAGUAAUUCGGGCCAGCGGCCCGGCCCGCUGAACUUCAACGGCUUACCGGAUGACAGCGAGGAUAGUUUUUAAAGCAUCUUUUUUUUGUUUUGUUAAGUGUAAUCGUAUUGGAGCAACAUAUAUUUCGUUUUACAUUUUUUUAAUAUAUUUUAUUUACGAAUUACGUUUUUCAGGGAUAUCUUUUAAAUGACAAUAAUACCGUGUUACGUUUUAUUUCUAAAAUGCCGUUUUAAUUGCGUCGCAAGUUUUGCCUCGGAAAACGUUCUGCUGAUAAUGUUAGGGAAGUCAUGCACUAAAAUUUAAAUUAUUAACUAUAUUAUGGUAAACGUUAGUGAAGUAUAUUAUGUGUUCUUUAUUUUUCUGGCCAGCCGCGUGCGCGGGGCGUCCGACGUAAUUUGCCUACGAUUUACAAUGAAUGUUUCAGUUAUUGAGAUUAAAGUGUGAUAUAAACGUUUCCGACAUCAAAUGUCCCGCAUACGAACGUGUCGCUAAAAUCGAUCGGUUCCUAGAAAAAAAUUACGCCCCGUUAAGAAUGGCACUGAAUUUCAAACUCGAUUGCUCGUCGGUGGCUAAUAAUUUUGACGGUUUCAGUUUUCGGCAAGAAACGGAAGUUUGAAACGUCCUGUAGCGUGCGCCAUCUAAAAUAUUAAAAAUAACUCGAUUCAAGCCGUUGUUCUGAUUCACAAUAUCUCUGUUAUAAAUAAGAUAUAUACAGGGUGUUUCAUUUCCGGUGUGCCAAACGAACACAGACGAUAAAGUAAUUUUGAGCAAAAAAACUUCAUAUGUCCGAAAACGCCCCCGUGUGGCGCUACGUCCCUUUAAAGAGGGCCGUUAAGACACAAUUUUAUUACAAUAUCUCGAAAAUGCUUUAAAUAAAUUGUAAAAAUUUUAUACAGAGGUACCAUUUGUUACGAGGAAUUACUUUAGUAAAUCAAAUUGACACAUUUUUUACAGGAGCGUCUCUACGUAACUUUUUUUAUUUGCCAAAUUCAUAAUUCUUUUUACGAAAAUCGAAAUCUUUGACCAUUUCUACAUAAAAAAGAUAUAUUUGUUUCAUUACGAUAUCUGCAACGGUUUUCCAGAAAAAACGAUUUUAACUCGUGCUUCUACUGAAAAUUAAAAAUUAUAAAGAACCUAAAAUUCUAUUUUCCCUGCAUGAAACAGGUAUAUUUUUUUAUGUAGAAAUGGUCAAGGAUUUCGGUUUUCUAAAAAAAAAUUACUAAUUUGACAAAUACAAAAAAAAGUUACGGAUUUUGAACCUUGGCUUACCCCCUGUGGGGACGUCCCUGAAAACAACAUGUAAAUUUGGUUUAGAUACAGUAAUUCCUCGUAAUAAAUGGUACCUCCGCAUAAAAUUUUAUCAAUUUAUUUUGAAGCAUUUUCGAGAUAUUGUAAUAAAAUUGUGUCUUAAUUGCCCCCUUUAAAGGGGAGUAGCGCCACAGUGGUGGUGGUUACUCAAAAUUACUUUCUCUAUCUGUGUUCGUUUGGCACACCGGAAAUGAAACACCCUGUAGUUACAUUACCAGUUUAUUUCAAAAAUAUAAAAACCUGGACACAACAACAAAAAAA